ACACUACAGUGUCAAUCACGAUAAAAUUUUCGAAGAUUAUUGGUUAGGAAUCGAAUGGUUAAAUUAGAUUACAGGCGUAUCGUACAUACUCUACUUGGACCCAAUUUGCUGUAGACUCACUACCUUUAUUCCAAGAUAUACAUUUGGUUAGCUCUGACAAAUAAAAUGUGGUAGUAUACUUUAAACUUGUAUACUACUCUCUGUUCAUAUGUGGAUUACAAUAAUGUCUUUAAAGUAAUGUCCAGAACAAUAUGAGUAAGUAUAUAGGCCUGGAGGAAGUGUUCACUAUCUCAACACCUUAUCGGACUGAUGUUCAGGCUGCGGAGCGGAUAUUCCGCAAGGUGGUUCACCCAGGACUGGACUCCAUGCGAAUUGUGGACAGGAAUGGUGCACCCAUUACCAGUGCCCCAUCUGGGUACACCAAUUACCUAAGAAACAAGGCCUUCACGCUGAGUCCGCGAGGCGUACCCACAAGGAUCUCAAACCAUGUCUAUAGUGGCCAGCACACACACGUAUCCAGAUACGGCUCAUCGGUGCCAGGAUCGGACUCACCUGAAAUGUAUGUGAUGCAGGCCAGUAAUGGAGUGAAAUCGGCAAAACUAAACCGGCCGUACACUCAUUCAUCAAUUCUCCCCUCCAGGAAGCGUGCAAUGUCCAAUACCUCCAAGGCUACCCAUUCUAUGCAGACGUCACGAACCACCUCUGGCCGAAAUGCGACAAAAUGGUAUUUCGACAUGACCAUGCCUGGAGAGAAACGCCAGAUGAAAUCUGCUCAAAGUGAGCACUGGAACAAAAGCGAACAAGGACAGCGUCUCAACCGAGAAUGGUCCAGUGUUUCCGACAGCCGUGCCCUGAAGAGGUCAUCAGAGAUUCUGUCACACCGAGUAGAUCGCAUGUACUUUAUGAAUGGAAAUAACAUCCGACUCCAGCCCAAGUACCAUGUGGACGAGGAAGAGCUCCUGCAACUUCGCGAUGCCUCCAAGUCACGCCAGAGCAUACAUCAUCCACGUCCAAAACUAAAGAAUGGGGUUGUUAAAAUGCCAUCCUGCGGUCCAUCAUCUAGGAUGUCCAGCCAUCGCGGCCUAAACAGUGGAAAGUCCAAGGCGUCUGUGGAUCAAGGUACAGAGAAAACAGAUAGGGCCAAAAGUCUUGAGAAUAUUAUGACAACAAGGAAAAUGGAUAAUGAAAUAAAUAGAGGCAAGAGUCCUCUCCAUGGCUGGGACAAUGACGGCGACAGGGAGGAGGAUUUAAGUGUGAAGGGGGAGAUAAUUCGUAAAAAAUCCUUCCAUGAAGAUCAGAUUUCUGCCGGAAUCAAUGAGAGUGCUUCAGUUACUCAUCGGUCAGAUAAAGCAUCUGUGAAAAACGAAGGCAAAGAUGGAAAAGAUGCUGAAACGGUGGAAGACGAAUUCGACAAACCGGAAAGAGCAGAUGGACGACAAAAUCCAGAGGAUGUUGUAAAUACAGAUAAUAAUGUGGUUGCUGUAGAUGAUAAGAAUGAGGAAGAGAAAAAUGAUGAAGAGAAAGACAAUGAGGAAGAUGAAAAUUGGAAAAUAAGGAAAACAGAGGAGGAGGAGAAAAAGAGGUUAAAUCAGAGCAAAGAAGAGGACAAUAUUGAGGGAAUAGAUGAAAGAGUUGAUGACAAUGAAAAAAUUAUAGAUGAAAAUACAAAAGAGGAUGAUAAAGAAAAGGAUGUGGUUCAGAAUGAAGGUGUUAGUAAUAAUGAACAAGAGGCAGCAGAGGAAACCUCUAAAGAGGAAAAGGUCGAAGAUGAGGUAUCGGAGGAAAAGGUUAAUGAUGAAAAUGCUGAUGAACCACAAUAACAGAUACCAGUUAAAUCAUCAGUAACUAAUAUUUUGUAAUAAUGUCAUUUUUUGUUCAACAAUGAAAAAAAUGUCAGGAUUUAAAAAAAAAACAUUAUCAGAAAUUACUAUGUAAAAAAGAUUAUAUGGUAAUUUUGUGCUGAAAACAUGUACUUCAUGUUUCUGUUUUGAAAUGCUCAGUGCCUUCAGUAAUUCUGUUCUGGUACCAGAAUUUAUGAUUUUUGAUACAAAAUUUGAAAGCUGUAUGUAACAUUUUUAACUUUUAAAAUAUUUUUUUAUGAAAGUACAGAUAAUUACCAGGUAGUACCAAAUUGUUAUAUCUAUAUUUUAGCGAAGUUAAAUUCACAAUGGUUGUGAAUAUAUAUAUAAGUGGAAAAAUUGUAACAUAAUUUCAUCACAUAACUAUCCUGUAAUAAGUGUCAAAACAUCUAGUACAUGUAAAAACAUUGUUUUAUAUUGUGUAGCUAUUCUGUGAUUGGCUAUAGUUUUCCAUUGUUUUAAUUGUGACCUCAGAGCUUCAUGGUGUUGCAUGCAUUGUGACAAAGCACCAAAGCAAAUAUCACAAAUCAUGAUUAUGAUUAUGAUUAUAAUUGACAUUGACUGAGAAAAUGCUGUUUUUGUGAAUGUAUGAUUAAAAGAUUCUUGCAUGACUUUCAAAUUUAUUUAGGAUUUGAAAAACGUCUCAAAAUAUUUUCAUCUUAGCUUGUAAAAAUUAAGAAAUGAAAAAUGUUGAAGACUUAUUUCAUAAAUCUUGUAUGAAAUUAAAACUCAUAUCAGAUCUUCUAUGUACAAUACAUGUAUAUAAAACAUAUAUAUAUCUAUAAAGUAUACACUAUACAAUGUAUUCUUUUAUUGUGUAACAACAUAGAAAUGUAUGGUGGGCAUUUAUAUUGGUGGAAAAUAUUUAAUGAAUAUUUAGGGGUGAAAUAUUUGGGAUAUAUCAUCUGUCUCCGUUUUACAUCUUGUAAGUGGGUAAAUAUAAAUAAACAGUAUAUAAAAAGAUAUUAAAAAGAAUUAUUUUGAUGUACAGGUAUCUCCCCACAAAAUAUGGUGUGUACAUGUAUACAUGUACUGCAAAGCAAAUAUUUUAGUAAUAAUAUCAUUUUAACCCUUUUCACUCAAAAAAUGAAUGGCAAAAUCAUUGCACAAUAUUUUCUUCAUUGGCAAAUAUUCUUCGAACACUAACCCAUCAUUAUGCAGAUCUGUAAAACUUUGUUCACAUAGUAAAAUUUGAGUAGGCCGAAGCGUUUAUUGGCUGUAUAUUUUUAAUUUAUUGAUUAUAAAUACAUGUAUAAAAUGUAAACCACCAUCAUGCAUUUUUUCUGCUGCAUUGGUACAAAAGCUAAAUAUUAUUUGCUUUUCUCUGAGUUGGACUAGUAUCAUUUUAAGAGCUAAAGUGAAAUCUUCAGUAUUAGAAAUUUUGUUAAAACUUAAUAUGGCAUGAUGUGUCUUAUUUUGUAAAUAGAAAAUAUUACACAUAAGAGAUUAUGACCGGUUGUGCUGGCUUGAUUUGGAUACGAUACACACAUAAACACAUUGUAUUGUAGUUUCCGUCCACAUUUUCACAAUUUGCUAUAAUGAUAAAUCAUCUGUGUAAACCUACAAAUGUUUGUAAAGCCUUGUGUAAAAUUUAAUGUGUUUGAAAAAUUAUUUUCAUGCUUGAUACAGGGUCUUAAAAAUCUAUAUAUUAAAAAAUAUAUGUUACCGGUAUAUAUUAAUAUCACUUUUAAAAUAUUAAGAAAUAUAGAAUUGGAACAGAAAAUCAGUGACAAAAUCAUGAGCAAAAAAAAAGAAGGAUUCCAUUCCAUUUUUUUUCACUGAAAUUUUCUGAUUUCUCCUUUAUAAAGCUGAAGUUGAAUUUUAGCUUUUAAUAAGCUCAAAAUUGGUUUUUGUAUUUUUAUAGAAUUUUACUUCACACCAGAUAUUUAUUUUUACACCGAUUACAAUUAAAUGUGCUAUUUGAUCUGUAUAAAUGUUUAAAGUACUAACUAAUAUAUGUUUAUCAGUGACUUGUUAUUCACAUCGAUUUAUAUUUGUACACAAAUUGUUUUUCACAUUAUCUAGUUGGUAUAUGGUUGUUGAGAUAUGUGUUCCUAAAAAUGCUGUGUCUUUCUUCACUUUAUGUUCUUCUUAAGGUGGUAUGCUACCUUUUGUUCCUCAAUCUAAAACCAAUAGGAAACAAAUAGAAUAAGCAUGGAUACAGCGAUAUCAAAGAAUGCUGCUAAGAUAUUGAAUAACACCAUGUUAGUAUAGUUUGAUAAAAUUGGAUAUGAAAUACAUUUGUACAUUUCUUCUGCAACGUAUAUGAUUAAGGAAACAUGAUUUGAUGACUUUUAACCUUUCUGGGAAUGUAAUGAAUAAUGAAAUGGAUCAGGAGCUGAAGAUUAGUCAUCAAUAUUAAUAUCUUAAUAUAAAAUAUCUCAAAGGACCAGGAGCAUCACAGUUGACAUACACCCUUGGAUUGACUUUACAUGGGUGUUAAAUGUUGUCUUUCCUUCGGUUUUGGUGUCUCUUCAUUUCCUGUUGAUUUCUCUUGAUAUGGACAUCUAGUUCAAAUUAUAUCUUUCAAUAUUGAUGAAGUGCUAUUUUGAGGGUCAUAAAUAUCAUUAUGACCUUAUAAUUAAAAAGAGCAUUAUCUAAUGUAAACUCCUUUUACAGAAUGACCUUAUGAUCCAAAUAGAUUAUCACAAGGAUUGUGAGAGCAGUAAUACUUUUUACAAUUUUUGUUUAUAAGCAUUCUUUCGAGGGCCUGAAACAAAUUCCCAACCCCACAGUCGAGGUCUGUUCAUUACGUAUACAGACUGUGGGGCUGGGACAUUGUGCCUAGUCCCUGUGAAUGUGAAUUGAAAAGUUUAAUGUGAACAUUUUAUGAAUACAUUUGUUGGGUUUUUUUUUGUCUGUGUCAUUAGUAUUAUUGAGAAUAUAGUGGUAUAUUGUACAGAUAUCAAGUUUAUAUGAUUGUGCUAUGUCAUGAUUAUGUGAAAAAGCUAUUUAUUUCAUUAAAUUAGUAAUUUCUUAUAAA